AUGGCUCUUAGCACAUUUGAUCCAAAAACACAAUGGAAGAUUGACCACGCAGGGGCAAUAGACAAAUCCACUUUUCAGAUCUUGCUUUUCAUUCUCUUGGCUAUCGCAUGUGUCUUCUCUCUCUCGCGCCUCGGAUUCCGCCUUCAUCAUGAACGCAGACUUUUCCUCGACGAUUAUCUCAUUCUAUUCGCAACCAUCUGCCUCAUCAUCGAAACAGUAUGCAUUCACCACUUCAGCGAUCGAAUCUAUUUCGUCGAAUCUGCUUCCACAAAUUGGGAAGUCAUGCUUCUAUUGGCUCCUGGAAUUGGUAACACAGCUUUCCAACAAGACUUCAGCACCUGGGGACCAGCCUGGAUAAAUGGCUAUCUGAGCGUUGGAUGGAUUGCGAUUUUCAUGGUUAAGUUUUCUUUCUUGGUAUUGUUUUGGCGAAUGGUGAGGAAUGUGACAAAAAGGCUUACAAUCUGGUAUUGGGUUACCGUCGCCGUGACGGCGGCCUCUGGGAUUGUGGUUGUGUUGGAGGCAUUCAUUUUGUGUCCGCAUGUUGGCAAAGCUGCUGCAAAAUGCUACCCACAAAAGAACUAUAGCUUCAGCCUUGGAAUCGGCAUCAUGGUCCAAUGUCUCGACAUUAUCACAGACCUCAUGAUCAUCAGCAUUCCCCUCAUCCUUCUGCGUAUGUCCCAACUCCGCAUCAGCCACAAAGUCCGGAUCGCGCUCGUCCUCUGCCUCUCCGGGAUCCAAAUCAUCCUCAGCACCACUAGAAUCGCCGGUGGCAUUCAUCGCAACAUCACUGGGCAGCUCGAAUUCAGCAUCGUCUGGAUUACAUUUCUUCUGCACGCUGAAGCAUCAGUUGCAGUAAUGACCGGCAGCAUCCCAGCCCUGCACGCUAUGUACAGCGUCCAA